AUGAACUUCGGAUACAAAGCACCGAAAAAGGACCUUGUGCGCCAAAGGCCACCUGAACUUGUUCUCAUCGCUGAAGACGAGAACGGUCGUUCUCCAAACACUAGUCUAUUGAUAGAGAAGAAAUUGCAAGACACACCUGACACUGCAAAGUUGGCAGACGAUAUGGUCGGGGGAGAAAAUUGGGAGUUUCAAAUGGAUCCAUUUGAUACCUGGAGCCAUGAGAAGGAAAACAAUCUUCACGCACCUCGUCGGGUGGAUGGUGAAAUGCCCAAGCGAUCCUUCAUUCAAAAGGCAUUAUGUAGAAAGCCAAAAAUGAAUGCGCCCAUUCCACCUAGUAAUGGUCCCAUCGGCGAGCGUCUUAGUUGCAUAAAGCCCAAACAACCCAAUCGAUCAAGGAGUGUGCCACGAUCCUCCCAUCGAUCAGCUCCUCCACCUUCUCGAAAAAGGCAAGAGAACCUUUUCCAAACACCUCAAAAAUUGGCUCCUUCCCCAACGAACACUCCUUCGAAAUAUCAACAACAGCUUGAUGAGUUUGUGGAAGUUUCUGCUACUCCCAAACAAUUGAACCGAGUAUCUGAUUUGGAUGAAAUUGAACAGAGGGAGAAAGAGAGAAGGGAGGAAGAAAAGAACAAAACCGCACAACCAGCAGCAGCAAUUACUACUACCAAUGCUACCUAUUCUCAACCCUUGGUCACACCUGCAUUGGAUGAUGGAAACUCUGUUGUUUUGAACAGGAAUGCAUCUGUUCACAAUGAAAUUGUUAGUCUAUCUGAGGAGUCCAGGAGCGUCGUUCAACAACAAAGUGACAGCAUAUUGUCUGCAAUACGAUGUGGUGGACCACUCUGUAACGCUGGAGAAAUGCUGUUCAUGGCGGUUGGUCCAGAAAGUCCUCCAGAGCUGACCAAUGAAGAAAAGGCUUCUACUCCUCCACAGCAGAAAGCAAGAGGACCAGAAUUCGAACACAGGCACCGCAGUUUGCCCGUUUCCACUUCCUCGUAUUUGGACCAAUCGCUCGCUAGCUCUUUCCAAGCAAGAAGCGAUGUACCUGACAUGAAGGAAAAACGAGUUCAGUCCUUCAGUCCCGGCAAAAAUAAUAACAUCUACAGCAAAGAGGCUUUUGAAGAGGAGAUCCGGCAAUAUCAGCAGAGUUUGAGAGAAUCACGCAAUCAAAAUAAAAUGGAAGAUAUUGAAGAACGCGAUGAGUAUGGCGAGUCUGCGUCUCCUGAUGGCUACAAGAAUCGACGAGCUAUGCACCAGUCUACGAAACAGAGAGACUCCUAUCCUCAUCGGCGCUCGCGGUCGGUGGGGCGCUCAGUGGGGCGCUCAGAAACGUCUUCAUCUUCAUCCUCUUCUUCGCAUGAUCACAAAUGGGGUAGCAGCGCCAGAAAUGGCAGGAAAGGACGGUCAAAGUCUACCCAUCGAUCACCUCCACCAAAAAGAAAUGAAAAGCCAAAGCAUCGUUCAAAGGAACCAACAAAUUCCGAUCUUCCACGAAAACGAAGUGACUUUAUGAUAGCAGGAAUGGAGAUGGUGACUGGUGAUAUUGAACGACACCGUUCGCUACCAAAGAAAGAACAACAUCAAACGCGUCAAAAGUCAGAACCCAGAAGGACCAGAAUGAAACCAGAAUGGAUGGUUUCACCAAAUCUCUUGAAUGCUGAAGAGCCGCUCGGAUCAAGCAAUGUCUUUCACAGCGAAAGCGGACCUGUCCCCGUUGGUGACGUGAUUUCAGUGCCAUCGGUCUCAAACAAACUGCCCAUCCGUACACUCGAGAUUCCAGUGAUGGUGGAGCCGCUAGAUGAUCUAAGAAUACUCGAGGACGCCACAGAGUUAGGCUCUGCCGCGUUUGAUGAAUUUGACACAGAAUCCAUCUACGAGGAUCUCAAAAAGUCAGAGAAACGAGGACGUCGAAAUUCGAGGUCUGCAAAGAGCUAUGGUGAUGCAUCAGAAAAAUACUCACGUGCCUCGAGGAAAUCUGCAACAACAAGACACACUGACUUCACCUAUGGGUCUGCUUCAGUUGAAUAUGAUGGUUGCUUCUAA